AUGACGGCCGAGACCAUGUCCGGCGGCGACGGAUACAGCCGCGAACUGUGGCUGAACGCGGUGGCCGCGGCUCUGGGCCUGACCUACUCGGCGUACCGGCAGCUCCGGGCCGCCAGGACGCUGCCGCCCGGGCCGUGGGGCGUACCGUUCCUGGGGUACGCGCCGUUCUUGUCCAACCACUGCACGUACCUCAAGUACAACGAGCUGGCCCGCCGGUACGGGCCCAUAUGCUCGUUCACGCAGCGCGGCAACACCGUCAUACUGCUCAGCGACCACAAGCUCAUCAAGACGGCGUUCGACAUGAAGCAGAUCACCGGGCGGCCCAACGACGGGUACAUGGACAUCAUCGGCGGAUACGGAGCCGUAAACAGUACUGGGAAGUUAUGGGAGUCGCAAAGGAAGUUUUUGCACUUGGUACUUCGGCACAUGGGGAUGACGUUCACGGGCCACAACAGGUUGAACAUGGAAAACCGUAUAAUGAUCGAAGUGUCUUCGCUAACGGAAAUGUUUCACAAGACCUGCGGCAAACCGAUAGACCUAAAUGCCGGUUCGCUGUGUCUCGCCAUCACCAACGUGAUUAGUUCGUUGACGAUGAGUGUGAGAUUCGAACCGAACGACCCACGUUUCGAGCGGUACAUGCACAUGGUCGACGAGGGCUUCAAGCUGUUCGGCAUGUUGAGGCCGGUGAGUUUGUUUUUGCCGAGACGUCACAUCACCGACGAACGGAACAUCCAGGAAAAGAUCAAGAACAACCACCAGGAGAUCGCCAAGUACUUUCAAAACAUCAUCGAGGAGCACCGGAGCACGUUCGACCCAAACUACAUCCGAGACCUGGUGGACGCCUAUCUGCUGGAGAUCGAACGCUCCCAGGAAGCCGGCACGAUGGACCAGCUGUUCCAGGGCUUGGACCCGAACAGGCAGGUGCAACAGAUCCUCGGCGACUUGUUCUCGGCCGGCAUGGAGACCAUCAAGAACACGAUUCUGUGGGCCAUGGUGUACAUGCUCCACUAUCCGGACGUGAUGACCAAGGUGCAGGACGAGAUCGAUUCGGUAGUGGGUCGGUACAAAUCGCCGGUGCUAGACGAUUAUCCCAAUUUGCCUUACACACAGGCCACCUUGUACGAAGUACUCCGGAAGUCGAGUAUCACGCCUUUGGGCACGACACACGCAACCACCAGUGACGUAACGCUCAAUGGUUACCAUAUACCGACCGGCGCUCAGAUCAUACCUUUACAACACUUCGUACACAACGACCCGAACUUAUGGGACGAACCGGAGGCGUUCAAGCCGGAGAGAUUUAUAAAUGCCGAAGGCAAAGUGAAAAAACCCGAUUGUUUUUUACCUUUCGGAGUCGGUCGGAGAAAAUGCCUGGGCGAGACGUUAGCUCAGAUGGAACUAUAUUUGUUCUUUUCAACCUUGUUACACGAAUUCGAUGUAUGUCUACCGGAUGGUGACGAACUGCCCAGCAUGGACGGUCAAGUCGGCAUCACACUGACUCCACAGUCGUUCAAGGUCGUCAUGAAAGCGCGCAAUAAGUAG